UACCGUAGGAACUACAGUAAACUGUGGCAUCAUGUUCAAAGCACUGUACUUUAUCUGCACCCUAGGGGCUAUUACUCUGUUACAAACAGUUGAAUGUUACCGCUAUGACAACUCACCUCAUCAUUACAACAAUCAACCUGAUCACCCAAAACAGUACAAAAACUGCGUAAGUUCCCCAAGCUGCAUCGGAGAGGGAGUAUUCCCGAACGAAGACGAUUGCCACAAGUAUUUCAAUUGCACGUACAAAGGCUUGUGCCUUCAAAGAUCCGAUCACACUUGCUGUCACGGUUCUGCUUGGAACCCGAAGCUGAAAGUAUGCAGUCCCGAAAAUACCGUGUCGGAAUGUCUUCAUGUUCCUUCAUGUGAACGCAGAACUCCGUUGGGCAGCUCGGAUAACUCGUUUGUACGACCCAUUUUGCAUCCGGGCCAUCUUUUUGGGUCCUUGGAGAAACCUUUCCUGCAAUCUUGGAACCCCAUGGCCAACCAUCAUCCUAACGAUCCGGCCCAUUUCAACAUGCCAGAAAACCCAGACCUUAGUUCUGGGCAUCCCAAUAAUUACGGACCAAUACAACAACAACAACAACAACAACAACAACAACAACAACAACAACAACAACAACAACAACAAAAACCACAACAACAACAACAACCACAACAACAACAACAACAACAACAUCAACAAAACUACGAUUGUUCAGGUCCAAUCUGUGAAAACUCCCAAGGCUGUCUGAAUGAGGGACGAUUUGCCAACCCCAAUAAUUGUCAUAAAUUCUACACCUGUGUUAAAGUAGACUUAUGUUUGCAAAGAUACGACUAUACUUGCUGCAUUGGAUCAGCUUACGAUCCGAGACUGCGAACGUGUAAAAACGAAAAUUUGGUUCCAGAAUGUUCUGGAAUUGGAGAGGGAUACCCGCCGCAUGUGUUGUCUAGUACCCAGAAUCCUUUUCCAUCAAACCUUAUGGGACAGCCAGGUCAUACGUCAGGUUUAAUACACGUGACUCCAAACCCUAUGACGACGCUGUCCCCAGACCAAAUAUUUUUUCCUAAUAAUCCGUAUCAGCGAGGUCAAUUAAAUCCGCUAUCAGAUUUCGUGAAUAAUCAUCCACAAACAGAAACCACACCGCACCCUCAUGAACUAGGACCAUUUAAUAUGCCAGACCCACGAGAUUAUCCACAAGAUCAAGGGAAUCCUUCUCUAACAAGGUACUCGGAUAACCCUAACCGGUUCGAUCAGUCAGACCCUCGAAAUCCUCCUCCAGUAACUGAAGACCCAUUUUACACUGAUGAACAAGAUCAUUCGGGUCCGUCAUUAGACUUAGUAGAUAUUCUUCUAUAGCCCGUAAACUACCUUGUACGCUGUAAAAAAAUUGUCGUCUAAUCGGUUAUUAAAAUUAGAACAUUCGGCUGUACCACCCGAGAUGCACCAAACUGAACCACAAACGCAAAUUUCUGAAAAUUCGAACUCCCAGCAAAACUCGAAUGAAGAAUGCAAGGAAUUAGGAUCUUUCCUUCCCGACCCUAAGGACUGCCAUAAGUAUUACGUGUGCGUCGGUGGUUCGGCAAAACAAAGCAUGAAUUGUGGUCCAGGAACAGCAUGGGAUCAAUCCAACACCGUCUGUGAUCACGAAUACCGUGUCAUGUCGUGCAAAAAUUGGUAAACGUGUUAGGAACAUUCUUUUUUUUUUUUUCGUUUUCGUAAAAAACUAUACCGAUUGCGUGCAAUUUUAUAUCAGCCUGGACAAUGUUACUUUAAGCAUGUAUUGUCAAUAAAACAAAAUAUGUCCAUGAAA